AUCAACCCUUUGCUACAAUUCUGGGACUGAAUUCUCUUUUCUGAAAAAAACCAAAAAAAAAAAAAAAAAGACAGAAUUCGAGGUUAUAGAAACUUAGGAAUCUUGUACAAAAUUCCAUUGUAGAGUAAAAAGCUUUUCAAAAUAGAUUUAAAUAUUCUCUCUAAUUUACUGAAUAUGUAAAAUUUCACCACCUGUGAAGAUUGGAUUGUGAAAUAGUUUAUAAUCAAUCAACUUUCCUUGUCUGGAUUGAUCUCUGGCCCUGAUAAUGAUAAAAUACACACUCUAUGGAGAUCCAUGAUUAUUUUUACAUCCUGUCAUAGGUUUUGCACCUCUUGCAUUUCUCAAGAUCCCUCUAAUCCCUGUCUUAUCUAUAUAAGGUAAAUAGUUACCUAUUAAUAGUCUUUAAGUAAUCACAAUAAAUGUAUAGCUUUGUUAAUUUCCAUUAGGAUGAUAGAGGACUGAAUCAUAUUGUUCAAUGUCUGCAUUGUGGUGUUUCUUCAACUUUGAGAACGUUUGUGAGUCCGGGUUGAUUUUUAAUGUUUUUCAACAUCUUUUUGCUUCUUUUUAAAUGCUUAUUAUGUGCAGUUUUUAUUGUUUCACCCUUGUCCCAGACCCAGACUUUCAAUCCAACAUAAAGAUAUGAAUUAUUGCAAGAACUGUGGAGAACUGCUGUGCACAUGCUCUGGACAUAAGGGUCCCUGAGAGCCCAACCUGGCACAUGUUGUGAUCCCUCUUACCCCUAUACUUUCUUGUCUACACUCUACUAUUUUUUUUUUGUUUUUGUUUUUUUAGGAAAAAGCCCAAAAACAUAUAGGAGAUAGUCAUACUUUAAUACAUUUAACAAUCAUGUGACAAUGUCAUUUAAUUUUUUAAACAAAUUUUGCUGUUCCUCAGUGUGGAAUGUUUUCCAGCACAACCAACAAUUUUGCCCCUAUAGAUUAGUUACUAAGUAAGAAACAGUGAAGAGUAUUUUUGAGAUGGUCAAAGAAAAACCAAAGCAAAUAUCUGUUAUUUGUAGAUGUUUUUUUUUUUAUUGUCUAUCAUUUCAGGUGAUUUAAUUCAGGGUACAUUCAUUUGUUUUUCAAAAAGAUUUAAAAUUAAUUUCCACCACAGAAUGCUAUUAGAUACAAUUUAAUUUGGGGGGAAAAUGGAAAAUGACAGAAUUCUCCUGCAAUGCCAAUCUGCUGUUGGACAUAGCAAAUUAAACAAAUGUAUUUUCUAGAAGUCCGCAGGUUGUCCCUAUGGCUUGUCCAUAAAGUCUAUACUGUUGAAGAAACUCUCUAUAAUCUUGUUUAGUUAUUUAUUACGUUCCCUGAGUGUAUCUUGGCACUAUUCAAAGAUGCUGUCACCAAAGACCCUUCUCAAAACACCAAAAACAGUCACGAGGAAACUUCUGUAUGCGCUCAUUUGCAUUAAGUGCGACUGUUUACGGAGCUCAUUGGCUGUUCCAGCAGCGAAGGCCCCGCCUCCCGUCCAGCUGCGCCACCGGAUUGGCUGCCCCGGUCGCCUGUCACCGAGACAUCAGUAGAGGCACGAGUUCGCGCUGCUCUGGCUGAAGUGUGAUCAGUUUCAGCCGCGUAGUGGGACUCAACUAGACCUGAUGCACAAGUCAAGGCGACGCGCAGCGGAGAUGAAGCCGGAUUGGCUCUGAUUUUUAAAAGCCCUUUCAUUCAAGAGGCUGUCCAUUAUCAACAUGGCAGAACCGUCGGUUCCAGUACCCCCUCAAAAAAUGGCGUCACUUAGCCGGGUCCGAGCCUUUACUUUGAUUUUCUUAACUGCAAGUAGUUAUUUAAUUACUCCCACAAGUGGCAAGGAAGGAGGGGGAGAGGAGACUGUCAUCAUCGGGCUGAGACUGGAGGACACGGACGACAUUUCCUUCAUGGACAAGGGCUAUUUGCGGGUCAGUGAGAGGUCUCAUGUGAGAUUGAGGGUGUACGGGCAAAACAUUAACAACGAGACGUGGUCCAAAAUCGCCUUUACGGAACACGAGAGGAGUCGAGUGAUUGGCAACAUCGACAGCUCCUCAGGAGACAACAAGAGUCAGGAGGACACGUCGGGCUUGCACCCCUGUGGCAUCAGGACUUCAGAUAUUCUCAUCUUACCCAACAUUAUUUUAAAUCGCAAGACGUCUGGUAUCGUUGAAAUCGAGGUCAAACCUCUGCGAAAGACUGAGAGGAGCAAAGCGUACUACCUGUGCAUCGCCACUUCCACACCUGCUGUGGCUGGCAUGCACGACCCGUGGACGGAGACCACGUGGAUCUAUCACGAUGGAGAGGACACCAAAGUGAUCGUGGUGGAGGAGAAAAAGUUCCUGCUGCCUUUCUGGCUUCAGGUCAUCUUUAUUUCCAUGCUGCUCUGCCUCUCGGGCAUGUUCAGCGGCUUGAACUUGGGUCUGAUGGCGCUGGAUCCCAUGGAGCUCCAGAUCGUCCAGAACUGCGGGACGGAGAAGGAGAAGAACUACGCCAGGAAGAUCGAACCUGUCAGGAGUCAAGGAAACUACCUGCUUUGCUCGCUUCUUCUGGGGAAUGUUCUGGUCAACACGACCUUGACCAUUUUGUUGGAUGAUAUUGCUGGUUCUGGAUUGAUAGCUGUAGUGAUGUCAACCAUUGGCAUUGUGAUAUUCGGGGAGAUUGUGCCUCAAGCUAUAUGUUCACGACACGGUCUCGCUGUGGGUGCGAAUACAAUCUUCUUGACCAAAUUCUUCAUGCUGCUCACUUUCCCUGCGUCCUAUCCGGUAAGUAAACUGCUCGAUUAUCUCCUCGGACAGGAGAUUGGCACCGUGUACAACCGAGAGAAGCUCUUGGAGAUGUUGAGGGUCACGGAUCCCUAUAAUGACUUGGUGAAAGAGGAGUUAAACAUCAUUCAGGGCGCACUGGAGCUCAGGACUAAAACCGUUGAAGAUGUGAUGACCCCGCUGCGCGAUUGCUUCAUGAUAGCCGGCGACGCCACGCUCGACUUCAACACCAUGAGUGAGAUCAUGGAGAGCGGCUACACGCGCAUUCCCGUAUUCGAAGGCGACAGGUCCAACAUCGUGGACUUGCUGUUCGUGAAGGACCUUGCGUUUGUGGAUCCCGACGACUGCACCCCGCUGAAGACGAUAACGAAGUUCUACAGCCAUCCCUUACAUUUCGUCUUCAACGACACUAAACUCGACGCUAUGCUGGAGGAGUUCAAGAAAGGUAAAUCUCACCUGGCAAUAGUCCAGCGGGUUAACAACGAAGGUGAAGGUGACCCAUUCUACGAAGUUCUUGGCAUUAUCACCCUGGAGGAUGUCAUUGAAGAAAUCAUCAAGUCUGAAAUCCUGGAUGAGACAGACUUAUAUACUGACAACAAAACAAAAAAGAAAAUCACCCAUCGAGAGAGGAAGCAGGAUUUCUCGGCUUUCAAGCACAUGGACAAUGAAAUGAAGGUUAAAAUAUCACCUCAGCUUCUACUGGCUACUCUGCGUUUCCUAGCAACAGAAGUUGAGCCAUUCAGUCCCAGCCAGAUGUCUGAGAAGAUCCUUCUGCGUCUCCUCAAGCACCCCAACGUCAUCCAGGAGGUCAAAUAUAAUGAGAAGAAUAAGAAGGCCAUCGAGCAUUACCUUUUCCACCGCAACAAGCCUGUGGACUAUUUCAUCCUCAUUCUGCAGGGGAAGGUGGAAGUGGAGGCAGGGAAGGAGGGAAUGAAGUUUGAAGCUGGAGCUUUCUCCUCGUAUGGGAUCAUGGCUCUCACCACUUCUCCAGUUCCUCGUACCUUUGUGGUCAGUAGGGCUGAGUCUGUUGCUGGAUCUCCAGAAAACAAAUCCCCACCUCGGUCAUUUGGACUGAACCAUUCUGACUCGUUAAAUCGUAGCGAGCGGAUUGAAGCCAUUACACCAUCACUGGGCAGCAGUAACAACCAGCUCAAUGCCUUCCUGCAGAUCUAUGUGCCAGACUAUUCUGUCAGAGCUGUGUCAGACAUCCAGUACAUUAAGGUAACGCGGCAGCAGUAUCAGAACGCCGUCAUGGCAUCACGUAUUGACAAGACGCCACAGUCCUCAGAGAGCGAGUACACCAAAAUCGAAAUGACUUUGACAGAGCUCCACGACAGAGUGACCGAUGAAACCACCGCUCUGUUCAACCAGACACAGAACUGCGUUGCCCACAACAAGUCGAACCACACAGGACACAGUGAGGGGGCCAUCUAGCCCUCAGUGGGGUGGUGGAGCAAAGCCAAUAGCAGAACCCUAGAGCUGCCUCACCACCCCAAAUGACUGGUAGUGCAGUACUACUGGGGCCAGAGCUUGGGUUGACCCAAGGCAAAAUGGGAUAGUCCAGUGACACACUUCGGUCCCAUUAAGAUUUCAGAUAAACCACAGUGUUUAUGUCCCCCAGCCAAAGAGUUUGGAGGAUGGACAGUCUUGUGCUCUGACAAGCCCCUCCAGCUACACUCAAACUGCCCCGUGAUGUUCACAAACACAAAAGAAAUACUCCAGGCAGAUGCUGUUAUAGGGUAAAUCAAAGACUGUUCCAAAUACUGCUUUGAAGGAAACCGUGAACCAAGAGCAUUCUACUCACAUAUUUAUUUAUUUUGUAUGCCUUUGUAUAUACAUGCAUGUCUGAGGAUAUAAUUGUCGGCACAUGCAAACACCUGUCUGUACAUUGUGCAUGUGUAUGUGUGUGCCUCUAUGAGUGUCACUGAUAUCAUGCACAUGCUAUAUAUACAUAGUUUCAAAGACAUCAUUGUAUACAGGGCUUGACAUUAAUUUUUUUUGCUCACCAGCCACUGUGGCUAGUGGUUUUUCAAAGUUACUAGCCACUCAGCAUUUUCACUGGCCACAAUUUUUACUAAAUUUUCACUCAAAACGGCAUUUUGACAUUAUUUUGUGUGUAUUUGACUGUUUAAGCUCAAUAAGCAGUGAAAAAGAACUCAAUACUAAGGAGCGUGUGCACUUUGGGUGUGAGCACAAAAUCUAGAUCUGGAAUAAGUAAAAUUAAGUCAUAUGCACAAUCCCACACCAAAAUUCAAGCCCUGUAACACCAACAAUAUUCAUCUAAAGCAAAUGAAACAAGUGAGUGAGAGGAGGCGGGUUUGUGUGUCAACUCGCUGUCGGAGAGAUGAGAGAGCAAGAAAAAGCGCAGCUGGUAUCGUGUAUCUAUUUUGCGGAAAAUGAGUAUUGGAAGCGUUUCGGAUAUUUCAGUAUCGUUAUGUAUCGAAAAAUCAACAUUUUUAACAACACUACAUUGCACUUAGUUUAUUACUUCAGAUGCCUUUUUAAGACUACAAUUGAAAAAUGUAUAUAUUAUAUAUAAAAUUCAACCUGCCAAAGUGGCUAGCAGAAGUGACUGCGUUACAAGCCACUGCUGAAAUCCACCCGCAUUUGGCAGGUUGGUGGGUGUUAAUGUCAAGCCCUGAUUGUGUAUGUACUGGUGAGGGUCUUUUACAUGUAUAUUUCAGAAAUAUUCCACAGUACCUUUUACACUUUUUUUUUUUUUUUUUUUUUUUUUUUUUAAUGAAUCAUUAUAUUGCCUUUUAAAAAAUCAUAUUAAUUUUUUUUUAACAAGUGCAAUGAAACACAUUUUAUUUAAAAGAUGAUUUAUCAUGAUUACUGUAUUGUAAAUUUUAGAUUAUUUGUAUGCAUAUAUUGUAUCAUGUUUGUAUAUUUGAUAUUUUGGAUUCACUUCCAAGGAUGAACAGGUCCUAUAUGUCUGCUUUAAAAGUUUAAUUCUAUCAAAGGCACAAUUAAACGAAAGACCUGUCAGGACUUUUAUGCAAGGGAGAAUCCAUAUGCAUCCUUGCGAUUCCUAACUGAAUCCAGCACGUAACAAAAUGAGUUUUUUACCACGUCAUUAAAACAACUACUACAUUAAA